AUGGAGCCCGUGACCAAGUGGAGCCCCAAGCAAGUGGUGGACUGGACGAGAGGCUUAGAUGACUGCCUGCAGCAGUACGUCCACAAGUUUGAGCGAGAGAAGAUCAACGGCGAGCAGCUGCUGCGGAUCGCCCAUCAGGAUCUCGAGGAGCUGGGUGUCACUCGGAUUGGACACCAGGAGCUGGUGUUGGAGGCGGUGGACCUUCUCUGUGCACUGAAUUACGGCCUUGAAACCGACAACAUGAAGAACCUGGUUCUGAAACUGCGCGCGUCCUCCCACAACCUGCAGAAUUACAUCAGCAGCCGGCGGAAAAGCCCCGCGUACGACGGGAACACUUCCCGCAAGCCACCCAACGAGUUCCUGACGUCCGUGGUGGAGCUCAUCGGCGCGGCCAAGGCCUUGCUGUCCUGGCUGGACCGGGCCCCAUUUACAGGGAUCACUGACUUGUCAGUCACGAAGAACAAAAUCAUUCAGCUGUGCUUGGACCUGACCACCACAGUCCAGAAGGAUUGUCUCGUAGCAGAAAUGGAGGAUAAAGUUCUAUCCGUGGUCAAGGUUUUAAAUGGCAUCUGUGACAAAACAAUCCGCUCUACCACGGACCCUGUCAUGAGCCAGUGUGCGUGCCUGGAGGAAGUCCACCUGCCGAACAUCAGACCCGGGGAAGGCCUGGGCAUGUACAUCAAGUCGACCUACGAUGGGCUGCAUGUGAUCACCGGGACCACGGAGAACUCUCCUGCAGACAGAUCCCAGAAGAUUCAUGCUGGCGAUGAAGUCAUUCAGGUUAACCGGCAGACUGUGGUGGGGUGGCAGCUCAAGAACCUGGUGAAGAAGCUGAGGGAGAAUCCCACAGGAGUUGUGCUGCUCCUCAAGAAGCGCCCGUCGGGCUCCUUCAGCUUCGCCCCCGCGCCCCUGAGAAACCUGCGCUGGAAGCCGCCGCUCAUGCAGACCUCGCCACCGCCCACCACGUCGCAGUCCCCCGAGAGCACCAUGGACGCCUCGCUGAAGAAGGAGAAGCCGGCCAUCCUGGACCUGUACAUCCCGCCGCCGCCCGCCGUGCCCUACUCUCCCAGGAACGAAAACGGGAGCUUCCUGUACGGGGGACCCAGCAAAUGCCACCGGCCAGCGCCCGGCCCCAAGGGCUCGGAGUCCCCGAACUCCUUCCUGGACCAGGAGAGCAGGCGACGGAGGUUCACCAUCGCCGACUCGGACCAGCUGCCCGGGUAUUCGGUCGAAACCAACGUUCUGCCCACGAAGAUGAGGCAGAAGACACCGUCUUACGGCAAGCCCCGGCCGUUGUCCAUGCCCGCGGACGGGAGCUGGAUGGGGAUCGUGGACCCUUUUGCCAGACCUCGCGGUCACGGGAGGAAAGGUGAGGAUGCCCUCUGCCGCCACUUCAGCAACGAACGCAUCCCGCCGAUCAUCGAGGAGAGCGCCUCGCCCCCCUACCGGUUCUCCAGGCCCCACGCGGAGCGGCAGCUGGUCCGGGGCGCGGACUACAUCCGAGGCAGCCGCUGCCACCUGGGCGCGGACCUCCACAGCAGCGCCACCAUCCCGUUCCCGGAGGAGGGGGCCAAGAAGAAGGCCGCCAAGGCCUCGGCCCCGGAGCCCUCCCUGCUGGUCAGCUGGCUCACGCGCCUCAAGCUAUUGACUCACUGA